UUCUGUGGAAGAUUGCCCCAUCGGGGAUGUCGCACUACACAACGCCCAUUACCCUACUGACCAUUCGCGCCGACUCUCAUUGGUCCACGGCGCAUUGUUGUUGUGUGUUUUUUUUUCGCUCCCUCGCUCUCUGCGCGUUGUGGAUUUUUAUGGCGCCAGUUUUUUUUUCUCUGCCUAAUUAUUGGCUCUGUGCUGCUUUGGGGGGACAAGUUAAAAAAAAAACUUGACCCACUACCGUUUACUGCUGAACUGCAACGAGACCGUUAACAAAACAACGUAUUUUAACAAUGCCAAUUGCUCCAAUCACUGGUACCCUUAAGAAGAAGAUUGCUGUUGAUAUCUCCAUUGGUUUGACCCUUGGAUUCGGAUUUGCCUCCUACUGGUGGUGGGGAUUCCACAAGACCAAAGUUGCAAAGAGAGAGGCCUACUACGCUUCCCUUGCAAACAACGCUGAGGAAUAAAUUAGCGGAGCAGCCAAAGAUAUUCAUAUUGCCAUGAACGAAACAAAAAGAACACCACACGAGCAC